AUGGAUGCCAGGGACAAGCAGCUUUUACGCUCCAUGCGUCUGGAGCUCUGCACAGAAGUGCUGGUGGAUGGACUUGUUAUUCAGUAUCUCUACCAAGAAGGGAUUCUCACGGACAGUCAUGUUCAAGAAAUAAAAUCCCAAACCACCAGUCAGAGGAAAACCAUGAUGCUCCUUGAUAUUCUCCCCACCAGAGGACCCAAGGCUUUUGAUGCGUUCUUGGAUUCCUUACAGGAGUUCCCAUGGGUUAAAGACAAGCUGAUGCUGAAGCGCAAGGAAAUUACAGUACAAGAUCCUGCAGGAGACAAUGUAACUGAAAUCCCCUCGUGUAUUUUGAAGUCUACACCAACAGAUCAGCAGCUGAACAAGCUGGCGAGUAGGCUGGGACCCGAAUGGGAGCACCUAGUUCUGUGCUUGGGUCUGUCCCACACUGACAUCUAUCGAUGUAAAGUCGAUCACCCGCACAACCUGCAGUCACAAGUCGUGGCUGCCUUUGUCCUGUGGAGACAGCGUUUGGGGAAGAAAGCGACAAUCCAAAGCCUGCAAGCCUGUCUGAUGGCAGAGGAAGUGGAUCCCUCUGUGAUACAGUACAUGCUGGAGUGA